AUGGCCGAUGCAUCGAAAGAGGCACAAGACAUACAUCAGAGCCCCGAUGCAGAUGUGAAUGGUUCUGAACAAGUGGAUACCAUAUCGGAGCGCCUCAGACAACUGGAUGUACACGAGCCAAUGAGGCUCAAGGAGGAAAUACUCCGAUUGCAGGAUGAGCGCGAUGCUCUUGAGGAGCAAUAUACGAGUCUGUUAGAGAAGCUAUCGCAGAUGCGAAUGACGCUGGGUGACCGUCUCCAACAGGAUGCAGAAGAGCUAGAUCGGCGAGACCAGCAGAUUGAGCAGCUUACGCAGCAAGUAUCGGAUCUCGAGGCGCGCAUUCACACGCUCAAGGAGGAGCUGGGCGUUUCGAAUGACGAAGCACGGCAACUGACGCAUGAAUUGGAACAGAUGCGUGCUCAGCUAUCGAAUACGACGCAGAAAGAGACUGCCGAGCUACAUCGGCUAGAAUCGAGAUGCCGCGAUCUUGAGAAUAAGGUGCACGCGCACCGUGUGGAUGUGGACCGUUUAGAAACGGUUUGCAUUGAGGAGCGGUCGCUAAAAGAAGAAUGUCAGGUACGUGCCCGGCAUGUAUCCGAGACGCUAGACCACGCUCGGUUACGUAUCGGGGAGCUGGAAGCGGCUGUGGAGCAGGAAAAGCAAGUCGCGCGACAAAUGCAGCUGACCCUCGAAGAGCUGCAGCAUGCACAAGAUGACGGCAUGCAGCGCAGUGUGAGUGAAUUGCAGCAGCAAGUGGAUGAAGCUGAGUCUGAAGUCGAAAAGUACAAGCUACAAGUGCAUUCGAUGGAGUCUAUCGUGGACGAGGCGCAGCAGGCGACGAGCAAGUGCCGGGACUUGGAGCAGGAACUGAAAGAAAAGCAUCUGUUGAUUGGGAAGCUGCGGCAUGAAGCGGUCAUCUUGAAUGAGCACCUGAAGCAUGCCUUGGGCCGACUACGACGAGAUUCGCCUGAAGACUACAUUGAUCGGCGACUCAUAUCGAAUCUGCUAUUGCAAUUCCUCUCUACUCCGCGUGCAGAUACGAAACGCUAUGAGAUGCUGCGACUGAUUGCUUCUAUCCUGCAAUGGGACGAUACCGAGCGUGAGAAGGCGGGCCUUCAGCGCCAGCUUGACCGGUCCCAGAGCUCUUCCUAUGGAUUUUGGGGGUUCGGCGGACGAGACACGAGGUCGCCGCGAGAUACCGAAGGUGAUGAGUCCGUGUCGAACUUGUUUGUCGAAUUUCUGCUUUCUGAAGUGGAGCGAGGCAAGACGGACCGAGCGCCGUCAUGA